GAAACGUAUGCCUUAUCACAUGACAUAGCAGCACUUGCAGCAUCUCCUACGAUUUUUUUUAUGAAGGCUACAUCAGCUAAAACAGUCAAACGUAUUAAUUUGCAACGUUGUAGCGACUCACAAUAGAUUAGAUAUUUGUCUGUGUCCCCUAACUAUCUGAGAUAUCUCUACGACUGUCAAAUCAAAUAAGUAACUUUUUGACAAUUCCUUGGUUGCCUUUCUCGUCCACCAAAGCCUCGCGUUGCUUGUGUCCCAUGACGCUUGAUUCAUGAGCCGACUCGUAUCAUAAACCGAGAGCCAAUUGUCUGGAAAUAUACGUGAUCUCUCGCUUUAUUUUUCUACGACCUUCAAAAGACACUUGCGUAGUUACCUUUUAUAAACCAGUGGUGUCUUUGAGGGCUUUCUCCAUCAACUGUGGAGACUAGGCUACUGGCCACCCACAUCAUUGUGAUCACCUUCAUUACCUGCCAGUUUAGGAUGCAACGAUGUACUUGUCAUGCUGCUUCUCACUAAUGCCUCAGGUAGGAAGUGAACCGGAGGACGUCACAGAGGAGGGAUGCCUGUAGAGAGUGGAAGCAGUGCCGCCGCCCGUCACACCAAGCAGAAGCGCAAGUCCCACAGCCUGUCCAUUCGGCGCAGCAACAGCACUGACCAGGAGCAGCGCACAGUGACAGGCAUGCAGAGAGAUAUGCUGGACGGACAGGACUCCAAAUUGCCCCUGUCCUUGCGGAGCAAUCUACUAGACCUGUUUGGCCAGAUAGAGCGGGAGUUUGAGAAUCUCUACAUCGAAAACUUAGAAUUGCGCCGGGAAAUUGAUACACUCAACGAGCGCCUAGUAUCCGAAGGACAAACCAUCGAUGGAGGAGAGCUGAGCAAAGGAGCUCUAAAAGCGAAAGCCAGUCACAGUACCAGCCAGCUCUCUCAGAAACUGAUGACCACGUACAAAGCCUCCACGAGCAAGAUAGUGUCGAGUUUCAAAGCCACCACGUCCAGAGCUGUGUGUCAGAUCCUGAGGGAGUAUGUGGGCCACCGGGAUGGCAUCUGGGACCUGGCGGUCACACGGAACUCACCUGUGGUUCUUGGGACCGCAUCAGCAGACCACUCUGCUGCUCUGUGGAGUAUAGAGACAGGAAAAUGUCUGCUUAGAUAUGCUGGCCAUGCCGGAUCUGUCAACUCCAUCAAGUUUCACCCUACGGAACAGAUGGCCCUGACAGCGUCUGGGGACCAGACGGCUCACAUCUGGCGCUACAUGGUGCAACUGCCCGUCAUCCCGCCUCUAGCAGAUAUCAGCGCACUGUGUGACGACGAGCUGGACUUCUCAGACAGGGAGGAUGGUGACGGGGACGGGGAGGGUCCGUGCAGUGAGGUCCCCACCAUCCGCGUGGCCACCACCACCUUGAAGAGCCACCAAGGGGUGGUUAUCGCUGCAGACUGGCUGGUAGGGGGCAAGCAGGUGGUCACUGCUUCCUGGGACCGGGCUGCCAACCUAUAUGAGGUGGAGACCUCAGAGCUGGUCCACACACUGACAGGCCACGACCAGGAGCUGACCCACUGCUGUACCCAUCCAAGCCAGCGUCUGGUGGUCACCUCGUCCAGAGACACCACCUUCCGUCUGUGGGACUUCAGAGACCCCUCCAUCCACUCUGUUAACGUGUUCCAGGGACACACCGACACGGUGACGUCAGCUGUGUUCACAGUUGGGGACAACGUGGUGUCGGGGAGUGACGAUCGCACCGUCAAGGUGUGGGACUUGAAGAACAUGAGGUCGCCCAUAGCAACCAUCCGCACGGACUCUGCUGUUAACAGGAUAAGUGUCUCAGCCAACCAAAGAAUCAUCGCUCUCCCACACGACAAUCGGCAAGUCAGGCUGUUUGACAUGACUGGAGUAAGACUGGCACGACUACCACGCAGCAACAGACAGGGUCAUCGACGCAUGGUGUGCUGCUCGGUGUGGAACGAGGAGAAUGCGUCAUGUAACCUGUUCACCUGUGGCUUCGACCGGCAAGCCAUCGGUUGGAACAUAAACAUCCCAGCUCUGCUGCAGGAGAAGUGAUGCAGGACAUGUGACACACACACUGCACAUACACGGGCGUGUAGACACACACACACACUACACACAUACCACUGUAUUUGAUGUAUAUUAUCUCCAUCCACUUUGCAUGGACUGUUUUUGUGUGUUUUAAUGGAGAGGACAAAGUCAUAUUUUAAACCCAUCUAUAUAUGUAAAAAUAUAUUUGGUUGACUCCAGAAAACACUACUUCUAUGGUGUUGUUUACUGCUGAUGAACAUGAAUGGGUGAAUAGCAAGCCCUAGUUGAUCUUGCAUGCACUCAAACUCCCGUCAAUGUAUUUGUAAAACUGUCUGAAGAACGAUAGGAGAGGCAAUACAUUUGUACCAUGCGUAUCAUAUGGUGGCCUGGUCUAACCCAGAUGGAUGAUCUUUGCACUGAGUGGGUGAUCUUGGCUGUUUUCACCCUCUUUGGCCUGCAUGAUCAAGGGCUAGGAGUUUACUAUACUGUAUCAUCUAGAGACCUACACAUUUGACCUACUGAGUUGUUUUGAGUCAGUCACAUUUUACACUGUCCAUUGUACAGAUUUCCUUUUAAAAACACAUUUAAACAAUUGUUUGCCAUACUGUUAGGAUACAUCUGCCUUGUUCUUUCUAUACUGUGUAGUACUCAAUAUGACUAUGUGGGUGUACUGUAGCUUUGACAAUAGGGAACCUGCAAUUAUGUUUUUUUGCAAGAAAAUGCAUUCAUGCAUGCAGCAGCAAUGGGGCUUGUUCAAUAUCAUAUUUCACAUUUCCUCCAUGGGUCACAAUGUGCUGAUAUGGUUACUGGUCACCUGCUUAGAUAAAUAUGCUUGACUGAUAUUGAUGUUUGCUGUACAUAGAUCUCAAUGAAAAUGAUAGAUGAUCAGCUUGAAGUGUGUAGUCCCCCUGGCCAGUACACUGUUUACUGUAUUGCAUGGGCUAAUCUAAUGUUGAAUAUGUGAUCAUAACAUCCUCCAAUAGCAAAGCCACAAAAGAGCUCAAUAAAAUGAUUUGGUUAAUUAUCACCAUGGUUACACGGGAAAUUGACUGAGGCGCGUCAGGAUGAAGUAUAGUUUGGAGGAUUAGGGCCAGGAGUUUUUCUUGACUCAUGUUACCUGACCACAAAGAAAUUAAACCGUAGUUAUAGGAUACACAGUGCCUUCAGAAAGUAUUCACACCCCUUGACUUUUUCCACAUUUUGUUGUUAAAGUGGGAUAAAAAUGUAUUUAAUUGUCAUUUUUUGGCAACGAUCUACACAAAAUACUCUGUCGAAGUGGAAGAAUUUUUUUGUUUUGUUUUUAUCUUUGGAAAAUAAACACUAACAUAUCUUGAUUAGAUAACUAUUCAACCCCCCGAGUCAAUACAUGUUAGAAUAAUUUUUGCCGGUGAUUUACAACUGUGAGUAUUUCUGGGUAUGUCUCUCAAGAGCUUUGCACACCUGGAUUGUACAAUAUUUGCCCAUUAUUCUUAAAAAAUGUUUUGAUUUCUGUUAAGUUGGUUGUUGAUCAUUGCUAGACAGCCAUUAUCAAGUCUUGCCAUAGAUUUUUAAGCCGAUUUCUUGGUAAGCAACGCCAGUGUAUAUUUGGCCUUGUGUUUUAGGUUAUUGCCCUACUGAAAUGUUAAUUUGUCUCCCAGUGUCUGUUGGAAAGCAGACUGAACAAAGUUUUCCUCUAGGAUUCUUCCUGUGCUUAUCUCUAUUCGGUUUCUUUUCAUUCCUAAAAACUCCCUAGUCCUUGUCGAUGACAAGCAUACCCAUAACAUGAUGCCGCCACCACCGUGCUUGAAAAUAUGAAGAGUGGUACUCCGUGAUGUGUUGUGUUGUAUUUGCCCCAACCAAAACGCUUUGUAUUCAGGACAAAAAGUUAAUUUCUUUGCCACCUUUUUUGCAGUAUUACUUUACUGCCUUAUUACAAACAGGAUGCAUGUUUGGGAAUAUUUUUGUUGUGUACAGGCUUCCUUCUUUUCACCCUGUCAUUUAGGUUAGUAUUGUGGAGUAAACUACAAUGUUGUUGAUCCAUCCUCAGUGUUCUCCUAUCACAGCCAUUAAACUCUUAACUGUUUUAAAAUCACCAUUGGCCUUCCUCUGCGGCAACUGAGUUAGGAAGGAGGCCUUUAUCUUUUUAGUGACUGGGUUUAUUGAUAUACGAUCCAAAGUGUAAUUAAUAACUGCAUUAUGCUCAAAGGGAUAUUCAAUGUCUGCUUAUUUUAUUUUUUAUCUACCAACAGGUGCCCUUUGCGAACCCUUGGAAAACCUCCCUGGUCUUUGUGGUUGAAUCUGUGCCAUAACAAAAGUGUUGAAUACUUAUUGACGCAAGACAUUUCAGCUUUUCAUUUUGAAUUUGUAAACAUUUCAAAAAUAAAUUCCACUUUGGCAUUAUGGGGUAUUGUUUGUAGAUCAGUGACACAAAAUCCCAAUUUAACCCAUUUUAAAUUUGGGCUUGUAACACAACAAAAUGUGGAAAAAGUCCAGGGUUGUGAAUACUUUCGGAUGGCUCUGUAUCUAGUUGCUGCUGUAGUUUUCCCUGCUCAGAAAAGUGUGUUAACACUGUUACAGUACAACCCAUCCUGAGUGACAACCAUUCCUAUCAAGUGCUCUUUGUAUCGACAUAAUGUAUAACCCACCCACGCUUGUUGUGAAUCUGAUCGCUCUUCAAUAGGGUUUGUUUCGAUGUUCUGCAUGUGCUGUACAAUAGUUAUCAACUCUGCUCAUGGUUGUAUGAGAUGAAAUGUCACCAAGUGGCUUUGUUGCUGUGUUGUGUGUCUGUCACUUUCUACUGUACCUCAUCUGUGUUGCGCAUCAACACCACAGUUAUACUGCUGUGAUGUUUUCACAAUAGAUAAUAUAAAGAGAACUGCCUUUACAAUAAGUUAUAAUUUACACAUUCAAGAUAAAUUCAGUAUGGAUAAAAAAGUUUAACGUAUAAGAAUGUUGUACAAUGUAGCUACACAUUUGCAUUAAUCUUGUUACCAGCAUCUGUCAGAAUAUCAAAUUACAUCUGCUAAUAAAAUAACUUGGGGUUGUGUCCAAAAUGGCACCCAAUUCCCUUCAUGGUGAGCUACAGUACUUUUGAUCAGAGCCCUAUGGACUCUGGUCAAAAGUAGUGCACUAAUAUAGGGUGUAGGGUGCCAUUUGGGAUGUACCCGUUCUGUUUUUAGCAUAUAGCUCAGAUUUCUUCACCAUUGUACUUUUUAUUUUAUUCAGGCAGUUUGUACGUCACUUUCACUGUAUCAGAAUCAUCUUUAAUCUUCAAAGAGGUAUGGCUGGACAGAGAACCCUCAUGUAUGAAUUAUAACGAAGAGGGAAAAAGGAAUAGGAUUUUUUAUAUUUUGAACUGUGGUAUGAGAUUGGAAAGAGUACCGGUAGAUAGGCAAGGCACAGCGGCUUCAUUGUAAGAAAAUAUAUUCACCCUAAACCUCAUUCUUUUAUUAUACUUUUUGCACACUGUAUUAUCAUUUUUGGGAUAGAUGUAUUCUGCACAGAUGCUUGUCAAAAUCCAAUUAAAAGUAUGAUUCCUUUUCCA